UGCCUGGCGUGCUCUGGUCCAUGGGGUCACGAAGAGUCGGACACGACUAAACGACUAAACAACAACAACAACAAAUAUUCCUUUGUUCUCUUCCUAGAAACCAAGUAGGAGUUUCUCUCCCCCCCCCCCCGGUCAUGAAAAAAACAAUGGAGAAGGCAGUCAAAAUUCUGGUGGGCCAUGUCCAAUGGGAAUAACAAAGAAACCAUUUAAAUACAUGGAGUGUGAAAAGAGAGAGGAUAAACAAUCUGAAACUAUGGAGAGUGGAAAGAGCUUCACUGACAGUGGAAAACUUAGAAUUCAUCAACGGACUCACAUGGGGGAGAAACCAUUUCAAUGCGUGGAGUGUGGAAAGAGCUUCAGUCACAGUGCACAGCUUAGAAUUCAUCAACGGAGUCACACGGGGGAGAAACCAUUUCAAUGCAUGGAGUGUGGAAAGAGCUUCAGUAGGAGUGAAAACUUUAGAAUUCAACAACGGAGUCACACGGGGGAGAAACCAUUUCAAUGCAUGGAAUGUGGAAAGAGCUUCAGUCGGAGUGGGAAACUGAAUUCACAUCAUCGAACUCACACAGAAGAGAAACCAUUUCAAUGCAUGGAGUGUGGAAAGAGCUUCAGUCACAGUGGACAGCUUAGAAUUCAUCAACGGAUUCACACGGGGGAGAAACCAUUUCAAUGCAUCGAGUGUGGAAAGAGCUUCAGUGUGAGUGGAAACCUUAGAAACCAUCAACGGAUUCACACGGGGGAGAAACCAUUUGAAUGCAUGGAGUGUGGAAAGAGCUUCAGUGAGAGUGGAACCCUUAGAAUUCAUCAACGGACUCACACAGGGGAGAAACCAUUUGAAUGCAUGGAGUGUGGAAAGAAUUCCAGGCAGAGUGGACACUUGAGAAUUCAUCAACGGAGUCACACGGGAGAAAAACCAUUUAAAUGCAUGGAAUGUGGAAAGAGCUUCAGUGACAGUGGACAGCUUAGAAUUCAUCAAUGGAGUCACACAAGGGAGAAACCAUUUAAAUGCAUGGAGUGUGGAAAGAAUUUCAGUCAGAGUGGAAACCUUCGAAUUCAUCAACAGAGUCACAUGGGAGAGAAACCAUUUAAAUGUCUGGAGUGUGGAAAGAGCUUCACUGACAGUGGACACCUUAGAAUUCAUCAACGGAGUCACACAAGGGAGAAACCAUUUAAAUGCAUGGAAUGUGGAAAGUGCUUCAGUAGGAGUUGGCAACUGAAUUCACAUCAUUGAACACACACAGGAGAGAAAC